AUGUUUUGGACCAACUGGAAUGAACAGCAUCCAAGUAUCAUGAGAUCUACCCUGACUGGGAAAAAUGCUCAAGUGGUGAUCAGUACAGACAUACUCACUCCAAAUGGACUCACCAUUGACCACCGUGCAGAAAAGUUAUAUUUCUCAGACGGCAGCCUAGGAAAAAUUGAAAGGUGUGAAUAUGAUGGAUCUCAGAGAUUUGUGAUUGUCAAGUCUGGGCCAGGGACUUUCCUCAGUCUGGCUGUUUAUGACAAUUAUAUCUUCUGGUCAGACUGGGGAAGAAGAGCUAUCCUGCGUUCCAACAAGUACACAGGAGGAGACACAAAAAUCCUUCGUUCUGAUAUUCCACAUCAACCAAUGGGAAUCAUAGCUGUUGCCAAUGACACCAAUAGCUGUGAACUUUCUCCAUGUGCAUUAUUGAAUGGAGGUUGCCAUGACCUGUGCCUUUUAACUCCCAAUGGGAGAGUGAAUUGUUCUUGCAGAGGGGACCGAAUAUUGCUAGAUGACAACAGAUGUGUGACUAAAAAUUCCUCCUGCAACAUUUAUUUGGAGUUCGAAUGUGGAAAUGGUGAAUGCAUUGACUAUCAGCUCACCUGUGAUGGCAUUCCUCAUUGUAAGGAUAAAUCAGAUGAAAAACUGCUCUACUGUGAAAACAGAAGCUGUCGAAGAGGUUUCGAGCCCUGCUACAAUCGUCGCUGCAUUCCUCACGGCAAGUUAUGUGAUGGUGAAAAUGACUGUGGAGACAACUCUGAUGAGUUAGACUGUAAAGUUUCAACCUGUGCCACUGUUGAGUUCCGCUGUGCAGAUGGGACUUGCAUUCCAAGAUCAGCACGAUGCAACCAGAACAUAGAUUGUGCAGAUGCUUCGGAUGAAAAGAACUGCAAUAAUACAGACUGCACACAUUUUUAUAAACUUGGAGUGAAAACCACAGGGUUCAUAAGAUGUAAUUCUACCUCACUGUGUGUUCUGCCAACUUGGAUAUGCGAUGGGUCUAAUGACUGUGGAGACUACUCAGAUGAAUUAAAGUGUCCAGUUCAAAACAAACACAAAUGUGAAGAAAAUUAUUUUGGUUGUCCUAGCGGAAGAUGCAUUUUGAAUACCUGGCUAUGCGACGGUCAGAAAGAUUGUGAGGAUGGGCUUGAUGAGUUCCACUGUGGUGCCGUAACCUGUGCUGCCGACAUGUUCAGCUGCCAGGGCUCCCACGCCUGUGUGCCCCGACAUUGGCUUUGUGAUGGUGAAAGGGACUGUCCAAAUGGAAGCGAUGAGCUUUCCACAGCCGGCUGUGCUCCCAAUAAUACAUGUGAUGAAAACGCUUUCAUGUGCCAUAAUAAAGUAUGCAUUCCCAAGCAAUUUGUUUGUGACCAUGAUGAUGACUGUGGAGAUGGCUCUGAUGAGUCACUACAGUGUGGAUACCGACAGUGUGGUGCAGAAGAAUUUAGUUGUGCCGAUGGGCGAUGUGUUCUAAGUACUCAAUGGCAAUGUGAUGGUGACUUUGACUGCCCUGACCAUUCUGAUGAAGCACCUUUAAACCCAAAGUGCAAAACUGCAGAACAGUCAUGCAACAGUUCAUUUUUUAUGUGCAAAAAUGGCAGGUGCAUUUCCAAUGGAGGUCUUUGUGACAAUAAGGAUGACUGUGGUGAUGGUUCAGAUGAGAGAAACUGCCAUAUAAAUGAAUGUUUGAGUAAGAAAGUCAGUGGGUGUUCUCAAGAUUGCCAGGACCUUCCAGUAAGUUACAAGUGCAAAUGCUGGCCUGGAUUCCAACUGAAGGAUGAUGGUAAAACAUGUGUAGACAUUGACGAAUGCUCUUCAGGUUUUCCCUGUAGCCAGCAGUGCAUCAAUACAUAUGGUACCUACAAGUGCCUCUGUACAGAUGGAUAUGAAAUACAACCUGAUAACCCAAACGGCUGCAAAUCACUCUCAGAAAAAAAUAUUAUUGGUGAUGUGGACAAUCAGCAAAAAAUGUUUCCUGAAUUCAUCAAGAAUGGAUUAAACAAUGUUAUUGCUAUAGAUUUUGAUUACAGAGAAGAAUUCAUCUAUUGGAUUGAUUCUAGCCGACCCAAUGGCAGCCGCAUAAAUAGAAUGUGUUUAAAUGGAAGUGACGUUAAGGUAGUGCAUAACACAGCCGUCCCCAAUGCACUCGCUGUCGAUUGGAUUGGAAAAAACCUCUAUUGGUCUGACACAGAAAAAAGGAUCAUUGAAGUAUCCAAACUCAAUGGCUUGUACCCUACUAUACUCGUUAGCAAAAGGCUGAAGUUUCCCAGGGACCUGUCUUUAGAUCCUCGAGCUGGGUAUUUGUAUUGGAUUGACUGCUGUGAGUAUCCUCACAUUGGCCGUGUUGGCAUGGAUGGAACCAAUCAGAGUAUUGUCAUAGAAACCAAGAUUUCUAGGCCUAUGGCGCUAACGAUAGAUUAUGUCAACCACAGACUUUACUGGGCUGAUGAAAAUCACAUUGAAUUUAGCAACAUGGAUGGAUCUCAUAGACACAAAGUCCCUAAUCAAGAUAUUCCAGGGGUGAUUGCACUAACAUUGUUUGAAGACUACAUCUACUGGACUGAUGGGAAAACCAAGUCACUCAGCCGUGCCCAUAAAACAUCGGGAGCAGACAGACUCUCACUGAUUAACUCAUGGCAUGCCAUCACAGAUAUCCAGGUGUAUCAUUCUUAUAGACAACCUGAUGUCUCGAAACAUCUCUGCAUGAUAAAUAAUGGUGGUUGCAGUCAUUUGUGCCUUUUAGCCCCUGGAAAGACCCACACCUGUGCAUGUCCCACCAACUUCUAUCUUGCAGCUGAUAACAGGACUUGCUUAUCCAACUGCACAGCCAGUCAGUUUCGUUGCAAAACUGAUAAAUGUAUUCCAUUCUGGUGGAAAUGUGACACUGUGGAUGAUUGUGGCGAUGGAUCUGAUGAACCCGAUGACUGUCCUGAAUUUAAAUGUCAGCCAGGCCGAUUUCAGUGUGAGACUGGACUCUGUGCUCUGCCCGCUUUCAUCUGUGAUGGAGAGAAUGAUUGUGGAGACAAUUCUGAUGAACUCAACUGUGACACACAUGUCUGCCUGUCAGGUCAGUUUAAGUGUACCAAGAACCAAAAAUGUAUCCCGAUAAACCUUAGAUGUAAUGGACAAGAUGAUUGUGGUGAUGAGGAAGAUGAAAGAGACUGCCAUAAAAAGACCUGUGGACCUCAUGAAUUCCAGUGUAAAAACAACAAUUGUAUUCCAGAUCACUGGCGGUGUGAUAGCCAAAACGACUGCAGUGAUAAUUCAGAUGAAGAAAACUGUAAGCCACAUACCUGUACAUUGAAAGAUUUUCUCUGUGCCAAUGGGGACUGUGUUUCUUCAAAGUUUUGGUGUGAUGGAGAUUUUGACUGUGCAGAUGGCUCUGAUGAGCCUCUUUCUUCAAUAGAUAUAGUCUUACAGACAUCAAUGUGGGUCAUCAAUUUUCAUGAAACCACAGCUUCUCCUACUUGCUCAUCAAGUGAAUACAUAUGUGCCAGCGGCGGAUGUAUUUCAGCAUCUUUGAAAUGUAAUGGAGAAUAUGAUUGUGCUGAUGGUUCAGAUGAGAUGGACUGUGUGACUGAAUGUAAGGAAGAUCAGUUUCGGUGCAGAAAUAAAGCCCACUGUAUUCCAAUUAGAUGGCUGUGUGAUGGAAUUCACGACUGUGUGGAUGGCAGUGAUGAAGAAAAGUGUGACAGAGGAGGAAAUAUAUGUAGAGCCGAUGAGUUCCUUUGCAAUAAUUCCCUUUGCAAACUACAUUUCUGGGUGUGCGAUGGAGAAGACGACUGUGGAGACAACUCUGAUGAAGCCCCUGAUAUGUGUGUCAAAUUUCUUUGCCCACCCACAAGACCUCACAGAUGCAGAAAUGACAGAAUUUGCCUGCAGUCUGAGCAAAUGUGCAAUGGUAUUGAUGACUGCGGAGACAACUCAGAUGAAGAUCACUGUAGUGGUAAGCUGACUUACAAAGCAAGGCCUUGUAAAAAGGAUGAGUUUGCUUGUAGUAACAGAAAAUGCAUUCCCAUGGACCUCCAGUGUGAUCGACUCGAUGACUGUGGAGAUGGUUCAGAUGAACAAGGCUGCAGAAUACCUUCCACUGCAUAUACCUGUGAAGAUAAUGUGAAUCCAUGUGGAGAUGAUGCAUAUUGUAAUCAAAUAAAAACAUCUGUUUUCUGUCGCUGUAAGCCUGGAUUUCAGACAAACAUAAAAAACAGACAAUGUGAAGACCUUAAUGAAUGUUUGGUGUUUGGCACAUGUUCCCAACAAUGUAUAAAUGUGGAAGGAUCAUAUAAAUGUGUGUGUGACCAGAAUUUUCAAGAAAGAAAUAACACCUGCAUAGCAAAAGGCUCUGAAGAUCAAGUUCUCUACAUUGCUAAUGACACUGAUAUCCUGGGUUUUAUAUAUCCAUUCAACUACAGUGGCGAUCAUCAACAAAUUUCUCAUAUUGAACAUAAUUCAAGAAUAACAGGCAUGGAUGUAUAUUAUCAAAGAGAUAUGAUUAUUUGGAGUACUCAGUUUAAUCCAGGUGGAAUUUUCUACAAAAUGAUCCAUGGCAGAGAAAAAAGGCAAGCGAACAGUGGCUUGAUUUGCCCUGAAUUUAAAAGGCCCAGGGACAUUGCAGUUGACUGGGUUGCUGGAAAUAUUUAUUGGACUGAUCAUUCUAGAAUGCACUGGUUCAGUUACUACACCACUCACUGGACCAGUCUGAGGUACUCUAUCAAUGUAGGGCAGCUGAAUGGCCCCAACUGCACCAGACUCUUAACCAAUAUGGCUGGAGAACCUUAUGCUAUUGCCGUAAAUCCUAAAAGAGGGAUGAUGUACUGGACUGUCAUUGGGGACCACUCCCACAUAGAGGAAGCAGCCAUGGAUGGCACUUUGAGAAGGAUUUUAGUACAAAAGAACUUACAGAGACCCACAGGUCUGGCUGUGGAUUAUUUUAGUGAACGCAUAUACUGGGCUGACUUUGAGCUCUCUAUUAUUGGCAGUGUUCUGUAUGAUGGCUCUGAUUCAGUAGUCUCUGUCAGCAGCAAACAAGGUUUGUUACAUCCACACAGAAUUGAUAUUUUUGAAGAUUAUAUAUAUGGAGCAGGACCUAAAAAUGGUGUUUUUCGAGUACAAAAAUUUGGCCAGGGUUCAGUAGAGUACCUAGCAUUAGAUGUUGAUAAAACAAAAGGUGUUUUGAUAUCUCAUCGCUAUAAACAACUAGGCUUACCCAAUCCGUGCUUGGAUUUAGCAUGUGAAUUCCUCUGCUUGCUGAAUCCUUCUGGGGCCACCUGUGUGUGCCCAGAAGGAAAAUAUUUGAUUAAUGGCACCUGCAAUGAUGACAGCUUGUUAGAUGAUUCAUGUAAACUGACUUGUGAAAAUGGAGGAAGAUGCAUUUUAAAUGAGAAAGGUGAUUUGAGGUGUCACUGUUGGCCUAGUUAUUCGGGAGAAAGAUGUGAAGUCAACCACUGUAGCAACUACUGUCAAAAUGGAGGAACGUGCACACCCUCAGCACUAGGGAGACCCACCUGCACCUGUGCACUGGGGUUCACUGGCCCAAACUGUGGCAAGACAGUCUGUGAGGAUUUUUGUCAAAACGGAGGGACCUGCAUUGUGACUUCUGGGAACCAGCCUCACUGCCACUGCCAGCCUGAAUACACGGGAGACAGAUGUCAGUACUAUGUGUGCCACUACUAUUGUGUGAAUUCUGAGUCUUGUACCAUUGGGGAUGAUGGAAGUGUUGAAUGUGUCUGUCCAACACGCUACGAAGGACCAAAAUGUGAGGUUGACAAAUGUGUAAGGUGCCAUGGGGGACAAUGCAUUGUAAAUAAAGACAGUGAAGAUAUAUUUUGCAACUGCACUAAUGGAAAGAUUGCCUCUAGCUGUCAGUUAUGUGAUGGCUACUGUUACAAUGGUGGCACGUGCCAGCUGGACCCUGAGACAAAUGUACCUGUGUGCCUAUGCUCCACCAACUGGUCAGGCACACAAUGUGAGAGGCCAGCCCCAAAGAGCAGCAAGUCUGAUCAUAUCAGCACAAGAAGCAUUGCCAUCAUUGUGCCUCUUAUCCUCUUGGUGACCUUGAUAACCACCUUGGUAAUUGGUUUAGUGCUUUGUAAAAGAAAAAGAAGGACAAAAACAAUUAGAAGACAACCUAUUAUCAAUGGAGGAAUAAAUGUAGAAAUUGGCAAUCCAUCUUAUAACAUGUAUGAGGUAGAUCAUGAUCACAACGAUGGAGGUCUUUUAGACCCUGGCUUUAUGAUAGAUCCAACAAAGCCAACAAAUUACUCCAAUCCGGUGUAUGCAAAAUUAUAUAUGGAUGGGCAACACUGUCGAAACUCCUUAGGAAGUGUUGAUGAAAGGAAAGAACUACUUCCAAAGAAACUAGAAAUUGGUAUACGAGAGACAGUGGCAUAAUCAAUGAUACCUUUUAUAUACUGUAUAAAUGUAUAAAAUAUAAGGAUUACUUUUGUAUGUUCCAAAAGUAUUAUACUCGUUUUGGCAUCAGCAUUACCUCUUUCUUUAUCUUUUUCCUGGUUAAUUGUUUUCUGAGUUUUUUGGGUUUUGUUUUUUGCUGAUGACUAUUGAUUGGCCAUUUGUAUGAUAUUUUUAUGAAAAAGAACUGCACUACAGUACGAUUUGCAACAAUGCUGCUGAUAUGACACACCUUUGAAUUUGUUAAAAUUAAAAACAACAUAUUCCUUUGUAGUGUGAAUAUAAGCAAUCUAUUUUAUAUGAACUUUUUUGGUUCUACUUAACAAACAGAAUCCCUGCGCUUUUUCAUUCUAUUGUCUGAAAGCUGUAAUACAAUGUUAUUUUAUUUCUCUGUUUAAAUUGAUGGAAGAAUGAUGGAAUGGUCAACUCUCUUCUUUGUGCCCAUGAAGACUGAUUGAGACUCUGCUGAAAAUAUAUAGCUCUCACAAGCUCAGCAUCACCUGCUUUGAAAUUAGACUUAGAU